UUCGAUUCGCCAGAUGGAAUAUGUCUGUUUUCUUUGCCCUGCUGAGCUGGCGGCCGUAACCCGGAGCCACCUAGCUUCCUCGGCCUUGCUUCUUCCUCAGCCUCGCUAGCUCUGCCGAGUUGUGUCUAUUUUCGAAUGCUAAGGCCGUCAUGCCUGUGGUCUGCUAUAUGUGAUCAUGAUCAUACGCAACGGAUGGGCAUAUAUAUAAAUGGGAACUCAUGACCAUCAAAUUGAGCAUUCACUCGACAUCAUCAUCAGCAUCCAACAGUCUUACUAUCUUCACUAAUACCCAAUCCAAACUCAAUUACCAAUUCCUCUCAAACCCCCACACAUCAACAUGCAGUUCUUCACCACCAUCCUCGCCUUCGCCACUGCGGCCAUGGCUGUCCCAGCUCACUCCCCGCCCUGCACCUUCGGCCAGUACCAGUGCUCGGCAGACGGCCUGUCCAUCCUGCAGUGCGAUAUCUCUAACAAGCUUGUGCUCAUCGGGCCCUGCCCUAGCGGCAGCAAGUGCUCCAACAUCGGAAGCAUCCCUUACUGCCAGAACGUCCCCAAGGUGAAGCGUGCCGGCGGCCCGGCCCCGGGCACCUGCUCCAACCCCGGCGCCUACACCUGCACGGACGACAAGAAGGGCAUCAACGUCUGCAACGCCCAGAACCAGCUGGUCUUCAACGGUGCUUGCCCCGACAAGACCCACUGCGGCUACCUCAACGGCAUCCCGUUCUGUGUCGACAACACUGUCAAGGGCUACUAAAUGUUAUGGUGGGUCCCGGGUGGGAUAUAAUAGACUGGUGUUGGAGUGUCUGCUAUGGGCAUGCUUAGACGGCGGAUGGCAGAUGACCAAUUUUCUUCUCUCAUCUUUUGCAUCUGCAAACAAGUCGCUCCUUAUAUUAUAGAAUAAUCUCAUGAAUUAUUAAUCUGCUUUGUCCUGGUCUUUUAGCAAUCAGCGGUGAUAUGUGCAAGGAGGCAAGCAUCACACUAAUUCUAAAGCAUAACUACUAUUGCCAUGUAUGCACAUUUCUCAGCACCUGGGCACUUAAAAUUUGAUACAAGGGGCUUGAAGCUUGAUGAUGUAGGAACUUAGUCAUUUUGGUGACUGCCAUCAAUGCACAAACUGAAACCCAUUAGAAAUCCAAUUUGACCCUCAUUCACGGUCUCAUGCAGUACUUUCAUGAAUGCCCGGAAUCAACCGC